GUGGCCCCGGCGGCAGGGGGCGUGGCCGGUGCGGCGGCGAUGGCGGCGGCGGCGCCGCGCUGGCGGGAGCGGCUGUUCGCGCUGUUCUUCCUGUCGCACGUGCCGCUGACCGCGCUCAUCGAUGCGCAGCCGCUGCUGCCCGCGGGGCUGCUCCCGCAGGCCCUGACGGAGCUGCUGCAGUGGUACGCAACCACCUUCAGGGACCCCCUGAUGCUCCAGCCCCCGGAGUGGUUCAAGGCAUUUAUCUGUUGUGAAGCUUUCCUGCAGCUGCCCUUCUUCCCCAUCGCAGCCUACGCCUUCCUAAAAGGGAGCUGCAGGUGGAUAAGGACUCCGGCCAUUAUCUACUCCACGCACGUGGCUACCACUCUGGUGGCCAUCCUUGCGCACAUCCUGUUCCACGACUUCUCGGGGCCGGAGCAGCUGGGACCUCGGACGCAGCGUGAGCGCCUCGUGCUGCUCUCCGUGUACGUGCCCUACUUGCUGAUACCGCUGCUGCUUCUUUACACCAUGCUCUACAACCCCCACUACAACCACGUGGAGAAGCGGAAACGGAAGUAGCCCGCUCUGCGGGUCGUACGUCCAACGCUGACGCAGAGCCUGUGCUGACGUGGUCCUCUGGGACAAACGCUGUGCCAUGGGGGUGGCUGCAGCAGCCGUUCCCAGCGCACCAGCUCCCACAGGGAAGAACGGGCUCGGUGUGAGCUGAGCCCCGCGGCUGCAGCGCAUGCAGGGGAAGGCGAUUCCCACCUCUCCCUGUCCCAUCGUGCCCUCUGCAACGGGAAACCGGACUUCAAUCACCUGAUGUGUAACUGCGUGGUGGGGGGAUGCUGCCGCUGAUCCCUGUUCCCAAGAGGACUGCCAGGAAACCACUUCAGUCAGAAACGUGUCUUCCAAGAGCUGGUUACACACAGAUCCCCAGAGCGAUGCUCCCAACACAUUCCACAUCCUACAGUCGCUCUGAGCUUCCUCUCCCCUUCCUUUAAAAUCCCACCUUCCUCUGCUCUGCUUCAGUUUUGAUUGUCAGUUAAUUUGCUCAGUGAUAAUAUAAUGUGCCCAAACUUGGAUUUACUAAUGCCUGAAGUGACCUUUGUUGGACACUGAGGCAUAAUUCCUGGGGGAUUCUCAAGUACGUCAGGGAUUGUGAACAAGGGUUUGCAAUUUCUCUCUCCAUAAAAUCACUUCUCAUGUGGAAAUAAAUAAACACAUUAAACUGCAUUUAGUUUUCUUCAGGGAAUGACUAAAAGGAACUUAAUGACCAUGAGGCAGUGUAGAGAGUUCCCACAGUAAAUGUGUGCAUAAGGUACAGUGAAGAGAACCUACCACUGACAGAAACCCAGGGGUGGUGGGCUUGGUUGUGGGGUUUUUAAGUUCUCAAUUUGAGCUGCAAGAAUCAAACUUGAGGAGUUUCAUCAGUCUGGGGCUCCAUCACUUCCACCACCCACAGAAUUCAACUCUAGUGGUACUACCGGUAUGGAUGUACCUUGGGCAUAGCUUAAAGUUCUUAAUUCAGCUGAUUUCCUGCUGUUUGUGUGUGUGUGUAAUCGAUCCAUUCCAGUAACUGUAAACUUCCUGGGUUUUCCUAACUCCAUGAAAAAAUAAUCUGGCCAAUACGUGUUCCUGCAGAAGUUCCUGCUGCUUGCGUGCUGUGUCUUAACAGACAAGACAAAUACCACAUGUGACAACCACUGUGACUGUCCAGGGAGCUGUAAACCCUGAAGCUCAAGGCUAACCUUCUGCAGAAGGCCCUAAUUCUGGGGUCUCCAGAAAGUCUGAAAACAAUCAUUUAUUUCCCCAAUUUCUUUCAAAGAGCUGCAUAGUCCCAAAAGGCAGAGACGUGACAUAGCAACAGCAGUAUCAAUUCAACUGUAAUUUGGAUUAGAAGUAGACUGUACAAAACUUAUAAAAUCAAAGGACACAACAGUCUUCACCCUGUUAGAAAGGCCUCCUUAUUGCCACUCGUAGUGUAAGUCACUCUGAAUUCAAACACUUCCAUUGGUACGAACAAGCUCUUCAGUCAUACACAGUGAAAAAUUGCAUAUUUUGAAGUUCUCAAGAUUCUGGAAUGGUCAAGUUUGGUUUUACCUUAAAAUCCUCUAUUUCUGGAAAAUGAAUUGGUCAAUGAA